AUGAAGCUCCUGACAGCGGCUCUGCUUCUGCUGUUCAUCGCCAUGUGCGUGGCCAGCACGGAAGGUGUAAAGUGCAAAUGUUCAAGAAAAGGUCCUAAAAUAAGAUUCUCUAAUGUACGGAAGCUGGAAAUAAAACCGAGGUACCCGUUUUGCGUGGAAGAGAUGAUUAUCGUGACGCUGUGGACGCGGGUGCGAGGGGAGCAGCAGCACUGCCUCAACCCCAAACGCCAGAACACAGUGAGGCUGCUGAAGUGGUACAGAGUAUGGAAAGAGAAAGGCAGGGUUUAUGAAGAAUAAGAGGCAGCAGCGUGAGGAAUGGAGAGGACUCCCUUGGCUGGCAUAGGACUGGGCUCUGCAGAAGAUUUCUCUCACAGACAUAAGACACAAAUUCUAUAUUAUUAUAAAGCACUUUUUACCAAGGGUCAGUUUUUACAUUUUCUAGCCACGUGCAAAAGGCUUCCAGAUUUCACAAGCAUCCGUUGCACUCCAGGUUUCAUACCCAUCUGCUCUGUACUCAUAUUGGG